CAAAAACCAAAGAAUAACCCCAACCCAUCUUCAAAGCCAUCUCCACGCCCAAGCCGCAAUCAAUCAAUCAAUCAACCAAGACAGAAAAUGAAACCAACUACCCCCUUCCUCCUCACGGGCCUCCUGGCCCUGGCAACGGGCAUCCUCGCCGAUAAGACCUGUACCCCGAGUUUCGAUUACUGCGCUAAUAAGCUUAUGAGCUCUAAGGGCUUCUCGGAGAAUGAUCUUAAGACGGCGCUGCAGGGUACCGGGCUGGAGAAUGAUAAUCUAGCGGAUAUUUUGUUUCAUUGUAAGAAUCCGGGGGAUGUGGGGCAUGCGCAGCUUUGUGCCGGGGGGUGUACGGAUCCGGCUACUGAGGGGAGUCAUGGGUGUAGUGGUCCAGGUGUGUCGGGUAUAUAUUGGUGA